UGGUGUUGAUGGUCCAGUUUUGGUACUUCUGCACGGUGGAGGACAUUCUGCACUUUCUUGGGCAGUAUUCACUGCAUCAAUGACCAGCCGAGUUACUUGCAGAGUCCUAGCAAUGGACCUCCGAGGUCAUGGUGACACCCAAGUGCGGAAUUCAGAUGAUCUUUCCACCACGACUAUGUCCAGAGACGUAGCCAACGUGGUGAAAGCCAUCUAUGGAGAGAUUCCUCCACCUCUGCUCCUGGUGGGCCACAGUGUAGGAGGGGCGAUCGCCAUUCACACCGCGUCUGCCAACCUCAUCCCCUCAAUGGUCGGCCUGGUGGUCAUCGAUGUCGUUGAAGGAAGUGCUAUGGAUGUACUGCACAGCAUGCAGAAUUUCCUCCGAGGGCGGCCCAAAAGCUUUAAAUCUAUUGACCAUGCGAUAGAAUGGAGCGUGAAGAGCGGCCAAAUCAGGAACCUGGAGUCGGCCAAAGUGUCCAUGGUCGGCCAAGUGAGAAGGAGUGAGAGUGUAGACGCUGUGCCCUCCGAGCAGCCAAAUCCUGUGAACGACGUGGUGGCAGAAGGGCAUGAGGAGUUUUAUGACCUCAACUACGUCACCAGCAAGGGAGACAAUACAAGAACAGAGCCAAAGAGGCUGAGCGUCUACAGCUGGAGGAUCGACCUGUCCAAGGCUGAGAAGUAUUGGGACGGCUGGUUCCGGGGCAUUUCCAACCUCUUUUUGAGCUGCAACGUGCCAAAGCUUUUACUCCUAGCAGGUAUUGACCGUCUGGACCGAGAUCUCACCAUCGGUCAAAUGCAGGGAAAGUUUAUGAUGCAGGUGCUGCCCCCCUGUGGACACGCAGUGCACGAGGACACCCCUGACAAGCUCCUCCUAUCCCUACAUGAGGUGAAGCCCCGAGGAUCGCAGCGACAUUGACAGAAGUGGAGGCACCCUAAAACAGUCAUUUUCAUCAUUUCCACUUUUUUUUUGUUUAUACCCCUCAUCACUUUACUGUGCGUUGGCACUGCCCCGAAGCACAUGGCAGGAAACCUGCGGGCACCGCUUCAUGUUGCGCAUCGGAACGCUUACAGCUACAAUAGAGCGCUAGAGCUUACGGUUAGCGGGGAUGACGUUUGCACGUUUAAAUAAAUGUGUUAAAAUGAAGAAACACCUCUGGGCUUCUGGUGGUUUUGUUUUUAUCAGCACUUUGGGGUGAGAAGCCAUCGAGUGUCAUUUCUGUGUCGUUCCAGAGUCUCACGACUGGACAUUACUCCCAGUUAGCUCUGGCUGAUAAUCAAGAGUGUUAGUAAGAAAUCCAGUUGACGUCCCACAGCAGGUGAGACGCACAAAGUAUGGCAGCAACAAGGCCCAUCAUCUCAACUCGACUCAUUCUGCUCAAAUCCCACAAAGAUAUGGAGGGCACUUGCAGAAAGCCAAGCAGA